ACAACUGGCUGUGGAGAGCCUUCUGCCAACUGGAGUUUGAGAUGUUUUGCAAAUUUCACCAUCCGGAGUUAUUUUCUCUUUUCUCAAGCACCUCAUGUACUUAGAAAUCCACAAAGACCUAGAGGAUCAAGUCAUAAUGGGAGCAUUUUUAGACAAGCCAAAGAUGGAAAAGCAUAAUGCCCAGGGGCAGGGGAAUGGGUUGCGAUAUGGCUUAAGCAGCAUGCAAGGUUGGCGAGUUGAAAUGGAGGAUGCGCAUACGGCUGUGAUUGGUUUGCCAAGUGGACUUGAGACAUGGUCAUUCUUUGCUGUAUAUGAUGGGCAUGCUGGUUCUCAGGUUGCCAAAUACUGCUGUGAGCAUUUGUUAGAUCACAUCACCAAUAACCAGGAUUUUAAAGGCUCUGCAGGAGCACCUUCUGUGGAAAAUGUAAAGAAUGGGAUCAGAACAGGUUUUCUGGAGAUUGAUGAACACAUGAGAGUCAUGUCAGAGAAGAAACAUGGUGCAGAUAGAAGUGGGUCAACAGCUGUGGGGGUCUUAAUUUCUCCCCAACAUACUUACUUCAUUAACUGUGGAGACUCGAGAGGUUUGCUUUGUAGAAACAGGAAAGUUCACUUCUUCACACAAGACCACAAACCAAGUAACCCGCUGGAAAAAGAACGAAUUCAGAAUGCAGGGGGCUCUGUGAUGAUUCAGCGUGUAAAUGGCUCUCUGGCUGUGUCAAGGGCCCUUGGGGAUUUCGAUUACAAAUGUGUCCAUGGAAAAGGUCCCACAGAGCAGCUCGUCUCACCAGAGCCAGAAGUCCAUGAUAUUGAAAGGUCUGAAGAGGACGAUCAGUUCAUUAUUCUUGCAUGUGAUGGUAUCUGGGAUGUCAUGGGAAACGAAGAGCUCUGUGACUUUGUGAGAUCCAGACUCGAAGUCACUGAUGACCUUGAGAAAGUUUGCAAUGAAGUAGUCGACACCUGUUUGUAUAAGGGAAGUCGAGACAACAUGAGUGUGAUUUUGAUCUGUUUUCCCAAUGCACCUAAAGUCUCAGCAGAAGCCGUGAAGAAGGAGGCAGAGCUGGACAAGUACCUGGAAUGCAGAGUAGAAGAAAUCAUAAAGAAGCAGGGGGACGGCGUCCCAGACUUAGUCCACGUGAUGCGUACAUUAGCCAGUGAGAACAUCCCCAGCCUCCCACCAGGGGGUGAAUUGGCAAGCAAGCGGAAUGUAAUUGAAGCCGUUUACAAUAGACUGAAUCCUUACAAAAAUGAUGACACUGAUUCUACGUCAACUGAUGACAUGUGGUAAAAGCCGAUCAUCUAGCCAUGGAUUCACCUUCGCCUCCAAGAGUACAGCUCAACCUUGCCGCACCUGCUCACGUCCAUCAUCGACUUUGAGGAAGGGGUACGGCAUAGGUGAGGGACUACACCAGAGAGCUUCAGCGCUGGAACAGCUAGCCCAGAACGGAUUUCUUUUUUUAAUUGUAAAUUUGAAACUUAUGUAAACGUGAUUUCAAACCGUAAUUCAUGUUGUAAAUCAGACUCCAGCAAUUUUUGUUGUAUGAUUUUGGUUUUUUGUAAAGUGUAAUUGUCCUUGUACAAAGUGCUCAUAUUUAAUUAUGAACUGCUUUAAAAUCACUAUCAAUGAUAAAGGAAAUGUUUGGCUUGUUGUGUGACACAACAGAUAUAGUCAUGCUGUGUUUGGACUUGGGGUUGGGAUAGGGAAAGCAGCAGCCACAUAGCUAGAUGCUCAUGUGCACGUGAUUAUGAAGAAUUCCAAAAUCUACAAAGCUGAACAUCCAGGGAGUUAUGGAAAACUGUCUUUGUGUUCUGGCAAGGGACUGGCUUGUCAAUGCAGCCAUCCCUUCUUACCUGUCUCUAGGAUGUCCUCUCCUUGCAGCCCAGAGUAUUGCAGGUGAUACCAUAUAUUCAUGAGAGUAUCAAUUUUGGGCUAAGAUGCCUUGAUUCUUUGCACCUCUUUAUGAGCCCUUACAUUCAGUUACUAACUGGUAAGCAGCAGCUUCCUACACAGUAGGAGACUGCCAUUUUUUUUUUUCCUAUCAUGAUUGGCUGGGCCUGCUGCUGUUCCUAGUAAGAUAUUCUGAAUUCCAUUUUAUCAAUAAAGCUUGGUUUAACAAACAAGAAAUUUAAUCAUGUACGCGUAGUUCCUCUUAACCCCGGCUUUCAAAAUCCCGUGCUAUUGUAAAUGGGCCAUUCCUCCUAGGGAAAGGUGUUAGUCUCCUUAAAUUGGAUGAUGGUGUUACCCCAGGUGCAGAUGGAUCGAAAGAUCGGAGUCUGUGUUGUCCUCACUUGUUUUUAAAAUGAGUUUCUUUCAGGCUGCUUACUUCUCAGUAAGAUGUGCAUCGGCUUGAAUUUACCUACUGUUUAAUUAAAAUAAUUGUCAAAGUUUGGCAAUCCUAACACUAUGAUAGAUGUGUGUGUGUUGAAUGUGUGUUUGCCUGUAACUUUUAAUUGACCCACGUCUUUAGAAUCUAAGAGGUUAAGAUGUAUUUGUGAUUUGAAAUAUAGCAUGUUGAUAAUACUUAGCUGUUGGCCUUUAAAAAUAAAUUUCAAAGCUUAA